AUGCGAGAGGGCGAGACUCUCAAGAAUUACUCGGAUAGGUACUGGGAAAUGUUUAAUGACAUAGAGGGAAAGAAUGAUGGUGUGGCUAUAACCACUUUCAAAGCUGGCCUCCCAGCUGAUCACGAUUUGAGGAAAUCCCUGACGGGUAAACCUGUUACCAGUGUGUACCAACUGAUGGACAGAAUAGAUAAGUACAGAAGGGUAGAGGAAGAUCAACUUCAGGGAAAAGUAAAAGCCAAAGUGAUCCCUCAGGAGAGGAGGGAUUUCAGGUCGGACCGUUAUAAUAGCAACCGACCCCGGAGGGAUUUUGUUGGGCAGUCGGGUUCGGCGGACGCCCAGGUGGUUAAUGCAAUAUUUCGAGAGCCAGUGCAGCAGGAUCAUGGGCACACGACGGAUAAUUGCAGGAAUUUAUGGGAUCACUUGGAACAGUUGGUCCGUGAAGGGAAAUUAAAACAACUCUUGCAUCACUCCAGUGGAAGGGCGAGCCAAGCAGGUUCAGAGGUGCGUGGGGAUGCUUCAUCAAGACUCCCUCUGGGUACGAUUAACGUCAUCUUUGCUGCCCCGGGAAGGACUGGGUCUUGCCCCUCCAGGGUAUUGUCGGUGUUCCGAUCCCCGGUCGAGGAUCAUUCCCAAGCAUUGAAGAGAGCCAGGAUGCGUGUCCCCCCUGAUUCUGGGCUUUUCAGAUGA